GUUACAAUCUGCAUGUGACACAAGAACCAGUAAAGUUGACAGCGAAUGUCAAAAACUUAAAAAAGUAAAUUAACUCUGUACGCCUUAACCGUUAAGAAUACAUUUUCAAACUACAGGUUCCACCAUUAAGAAGCAAGCAUGACAGUGACAUCUGACUCAUCGCCGCUGCCAGUGAUCGAGACUGUUCCACUUGGAGAACAUUUACCAACAUCAGAACGAAUUGUCUAUAAACGAAACCCAGUCAUUGAUGGUAUUAUUGAUUUCAGUGGUGGUACAAUGGGGGGUAUAGCAUCAGUGUAUGUAGGCCAGUCAUUGGACACAGUGAAAGUUAAGAUGCAGACAUUUCCAACACUGUACAAGAAUGCAUUAGACUGCUUCAUCAAAACAUAUAAACAGGACGGCAUUGCUAGGGGUCUGUAUGCAGGAACAGUCCCAGCUCUAGCAGCUAAUAUAGCAGAAAAUUCAGUACUGUUUAUGUUUUAUGGAAUUUGUCAAAAAGGAAUGGCAUAUUUGGUACGUAAGGACAGUACUUUUCAUCUGAAUCCAUUAGAGAAUGCCUUGUCUGGUGGUUGUGCAGCAUUCUUUUCCUCAUUCACACUGUGUCCUACAGAACUUGUUAAAUGCCGCUUACAAGCAAUGAGAGAAAUGGCAUCGCAGGGUAAACUGGAAGGAGGAAUGGAAAGAUUAAAAAUAGGUCCUUUUGGUUUGACACGGGAGAUUUUAAAACAGGAAGGUAUAAGGGGUUUGUUUAAAGGUCUGACAGCCACAUUUAUGAGGGAGAUCCCAGGGUAUGUGUUUUUCUUUGGAGGAUAUGAAAUCUCUAGACAUCUGUUGACACCAGCUGGAAAAACCAAAGAUGAAAUAGGACCAGUAAAGACAAUAAUAUCAGGUGGCGUUGGUGGUGUGGCUCUGUGGACGGCGAUAUUUCCUGCCGAUGUUGUAAAAUCUCGUGUACAGGUAGCAAGCACCGCAGGAACAGUGGAACCAACAUUUAGAGCUGUGAUUACACAAGUAUUCAAGGCAGAAGGAAUUUUGGCACUGUACAAGGGCCUGGGUCCUACAGUAUUACGUACAUUUCCAGCAACUGGAGCCCUAUUUCUCGCCUAUGAGACAACAAAGAAAUGGCUCGGAUAUACAGCUGACAAAUUUCUGUGAUAUUUUAUGAAUCUUUAUUUUGAAAUGAUGUCUUUUUUUUAUUAAAUUGGACAUUUUUGAAUUGUGCAGUCCAUCAAAGCCCUGUAAAACAGGUGUUAUAAUAAGAACUUCUCUGAUGAAUUUACUGAUCAAGUGGUAGCCAAUUUUCAGUAUUUGCAGUCAUGUCACUGACAUUGCUUAAUGUAUUUCUCUCAGUCAUGUCACUGACAUUGCUAAAUGUAUUUCUGUCAGUGACGUAUUUCUCUCAGUCAUGUCACUGACAUUGCUAAAUGUAUUUCUCUCAGUCAUGUCUCUGACAUUGCUAAAUGUAUUUCUCUCAGUCAUGUCACUGACAUUGCUAAAUGUAUUUCUCUCAGUCAUGUCACUGACAUUGCUAAAUGUAUUUCUCUCAGUCAUGUCACUGACAUUGCUAAAUGUAUUUCUCUCAAAGAAAACUUUAAGAAGAGGUAUAGUAGUUCAUUUUCAGUCAAAAACAUUGAUAUCGUUACAAAGUAUUGUAUUUCUAAAAACAUGUUAGAGGUAACAAAAUUAAUUGGAAACACAAGGUGUUUUUUUUUUCAGGGUUCUUUGUUGUUUUAUUUGUUAUUGUAUUAGAUAUACCAAGUAACAGGGUACAGAUGUUUCUGUUGCUACCUGACUUCUGUCAGUUAUUCAAAAACAGUUUGUUUGUUUUUUUUGUAUGGAAUGUAAGUUUUCCCUUACCAAAAAUUGUGACAAUUAACCAUCAGAUAAAGUAUUCCUAAUUCCAUACACAUGUGUAUCAAAAUCAUGCAGUUUUAAUGAUUGUACAGGAUUCACAACAGUAGACAAGGUUUAUUUAUAAUGUCAAACAUUAUUUUGUGUUGUAAUUGUAUUUUACACUUUAAUAAUAAAUUAAUAUGGUAGGAACUGUGUAUAAGAAAAAAAGUUCCUUUCCAUAAAAUUGUUGAA